AUGAAAAACCGUAUUUCUUAUUUUUAUGAUUCAAACAUAGGAAAUUAUCACUAUUCAGAUGGCCAUCCUAUGAAACCGCAUCGAGUCAGAAUGACACACUCUCUUUUGUUAAACUAUGGAUUGUAUAAACAUAUGGAUGUCUUUAAACCAACAAUGGCGAGCUUUGAAAAUCUCACAAAUUACCAUUCAAUUGAUUACAUAAAUUUUCUUCAAUCUGUUAGUCAGUCAAACAUGGAUGAUAUGGUCAAAGACUGUAUCAAAUUCAAUGUAGGAGAUGAUUGUCCAAUUUUCAAGGGACUUUAUGACUAUUGUAGAUCGACUGCUGGGUCAUCACUUUGUGCAGCUUAUAAAUUGAAUACAAAAGAAUCAGAUAUUGCAAUUAAUUGGUCUGGUGGAUUACAUCACGCUAAAAGAAACGAAGCAAGUGGGUUUUGUUAUGUCAAUGAUAUUGUUUUAUCUAUACUAGAGCUUCUCAAAUAUAAUGAAAGGGUCAUGUAUAUAGAUAUUGAUUGCCAUCAUGGUGAUGGUGUUGAAGAAGCUUUUUAUACUACAGAUAGAGUUAUGUGUCUUUCUUUUCGUAAGUAUGGUGAAUAUUUUCCGGGAACAGGUUCUAUAAAUGAUAUUGGUUUGCUUAAAGGCAGAAAUUAUUCUGUUAAUGUGCCUUUAAAAGAUGGAAUUGAUGAUUUUUCAUACCAAUCUAUUUUUAGACCACUCAUUGAUAACGCAGUAGAUAGAUUUAGACCUAGUGUCAUCGUAUUACAAUGCGGUGCAGAUUCAUUGGCAGGUGAUCGACUUGGCUGUUUCAAUUUGACAAACUUUGGCCAUUCUGAUUGUGUUAAAUUUGUAAAAGAAUUGAAUAUUCCACUGCUUGUACUUGGUGGUGGUGGUUAUACUAUCAAAAAUGUCUCUCGAGUUUGGGCAUACGAAACCGCAAUCUUAGUAGGUCAAGAAAUAUCUUCUGAAAUCCCAUUUAACGAAUAUAUGGAACAUUUUGGACCCGAAUAUCAAAUAAAUGUCCCUCCUUCCAACAUGGAAAACCACAAUUCAAAAGAAUACCUUGAAAAAAUCACCGAAAAAAUAUAUGAAAAUAUGAGGGGAAUACAAGCACCUUCUGUGGCCAUGCAACCGAUACCAGAAUCUUUUGUAACAACGGAUGAUGACGAUGACGAUUUUAUUUGGUCAAAGUUCAAGGAAGAGCAUUUCAUUAAAGAUGAGCAUCCUGAUGAAGAAAUAAUCUCAUAA